GUUUGAACUCGACUUUGGUGCUUCUGAAACCUCCCGACAACCCUCGGGCUUUGCGACAUCAUCGCCAUCUUCUCGUUGUCGAUGCGAACCAUCGGGCGUCGCUGUCAUGCCAUGUCGGCUACUCACGGUGCCCCUCGAAUUGCUCACGGCCCGCUGAGACGAAUGGUCCCCAUCUCCGUCACGAGCUCGAGAACGAUCGCGAUCCCAUAGGUGACGACUCCCGAACGACGACGAGGUGGUGUCGGUAAUGCUCCGACUGGAAGAUGCCUGUGAACCCGCCGUCGAGUGUCGCCUUUUGGUGAACUUGGCUCGAAGGCGCGAGGCGAUAUCAGUAGCUCCCAUUAGGUCGACAUUGGCAUCCUUGGGUGGCAGGACGCGACCGGGACGUACGUGGAGUCGGAGUUGGAGGUUUGAAGGAGACGAAGACUGAAUGAGUGAAUGAGUGAAGACAGCCAAAAAAUUGCAAGUGAAUGGUCUGUACCGAGCUUCGCAAUAUUAUGGACAGUGGAGGCAAGCAGACAGACAGACCUUCAAAGCUCUCGGAACAGGGUAUAUCAACAAGCGAGGCCGAUAAGGAUCAAAAGGGGAAUAAAAGAACCUGACGAUCCCAAGAAUGAAGAACCAGAAUCAGGUAAAAGAAGAGAAAAGGCCUGUCAAGGUAAUAACGGAAGUAAAGAAAAAAAAGAAUCUCCAAGGGGUAGAUCCGCCGUUGCAGUGUCGAUGGGAUCCAGAGCCAAAGCUUUCCCCCAGGAUCCAAUAUCAAGCACAAGUACAAGGACAGGCACAGGCACAAGCAGGCAAGCAGGCAAGCAGGCAGGCAAGCUUGGUUGGCCUUUUUUAGGCGUGCUUUCGGGCCUCGUUAUGAUCGUGAUUGCGCGCUCGUUUUCCUGGCCAGGGUAAUCUUAAGCCGAGCCUGCAUUGGCUCGAGCUACACAAUGCACAGCUGAUUGCACCCAUUCAAGAUGGUUACACCCAUUCAAAAGCCACCCGAGCGUCUCCAUCGACAGGGGUCAUCCAGGU